AUGGCGGCAAUGCGUCCUGUCCAAACAAGUAUAUUAUCAGCAACCAGCCCAAUCACAUCACCUACAACAAGCCCAACAAUAUCUCCUAAUACCAGUCCAGCAACAUCACCUACAACCAGUCCAACAACGUCUCCUACUACCAGCCCUACAACAUCACCUACGACUAGUCCCACUACAUCACCUACAACCAGUCCUACAACAUCACCUACUACCAGCCCUACUACCAGUCCAACAGCAUCCCCUACUACCAGUCCUACAACGUCUCCUGCUACCAGUCCAACAACAUCACCUACAGCAAGUCCAACAACAUCACCUACUACUAGUCCCACUUCAUCACCUACAACCAGUCCUACAACAUCCCCUACUAACAGUCCAACAACAUCCCCUACUACCAGUCCAACAACAUCACCUACAACUAGUCCAACAACAUCUCCUACUACCAGCCCAACAACAUCACCCACAACAAGCCCAACAACGUCUCCUACUACCAGUCCAACUACAUCACCUACAACCAGUCCAACAACCCCAACAACAUCCCCUACUACCAGUCCAACAACAUCACCUACAACCAGUCCAACUACUAGUCCAACAACAUCACCUACUACCAGUCCUACAACAUCACCUACUACCAGUCCAACAACAUCACCCACGACCAGUCCAACUACAUCACCUACAACGUCUCCUACUACCAGUCCAACAACAUCACCUACUACUAGUCCGACUACAUCACCUACAACCAGUCCUACAACAUCACCUACUACCAGUCCAACAACAUCACCCACGACCAGUCCAACUACAUCACCUACAACCUCUCCUACUACAAGUCCAACUACAUCACCAACUACUAGUCCAACAACAUCACCUACAGCCAGUCCAACAACAUCACCUACUACCAGUCCAACAACCUCACCUACAACCAGUCCUACAACAUCACCGACAACCAGUCCGACAACGUCACCUACUACCAGUCCAACAACAUCACCUACUACUAGUCCGACUACAUCACCUACAACCAGUCCUACAACAUCACCUGCUACCAGCCCAACAACAUCCCCUACUACCAGUCCAACAACAUCACCUACAACUAGUCCAACAACAUCUCCUACUACCAGCCCAACAACAUCACCUACAACAAGCCCAACAACGUCUCUUACUACCAGUCCAACUACAUCACCUACAACCAGUCCAACAACGUCUCCUACUACCAGUCCAACAACAUCACCUACAAUAUCGCCUACUACUAGUCCGAUUACAUCACCUACAACCAGUCCUACAACAUCACCUACUACCAGCCCUAAUACCAGUCCAACGACAUCACCUACAACCAGUCCAAUAACAUCACCUACAACAAGUCCAACAACGUCUCCUACUACCAGUCCAUCAACAUCCCCUACUACCAGUCCUACAACGUCACCUACUACCAGUCCAACAACAUCACCCACGACCAGUCCAACUACAUCACCUACAACCUCUCCUACUACAAGUCCAACUACAUCACCAACUACUAGUCCAACAACAUCACCUACAGCCAGUCCAACAACAUCACCUACUACCAGUCCAACAACCUCACCUACAACCAGUCCUACAACAUCACCGACAACCAGUCCGACAACGUCACCUACUACCAGUCCAACAACAUCACCUACUACUAGUCCGACUACAUCACCUACAACCAGUCCUACAACAUCACCUGCUACUCCAACAACAUCACCUACUACUAGUCCGACUACAUCACCUACAACCAGUCCUACAACAUCACCUACUACCAGUCCAACAACAUCACCCACGACCAGUCCAACUACAUCACCUACAACGUCUCCUACUACCAGUCCAACAACAUCACCUACUACUAGUCCGACUACAUCACCUACAACCAGUCCUACAACAUCACCUACUACCAGUCCAACAACAUCACCCACGACCAGUCCAACUACAUCACCUACAACCUCUCCUACUACAAGUCCAACUACAUCACCAACUACUAGUCCAACAACAUCACCUACAGCCAGUCCAACAACAUCACCUGCUACCAGCCCAACAACAUCCCCUACUACCACGUCACCUACUACCAGUCCAACAACAUCACCUACUACUAGUCCGACUACAUCACCAACUACCAGUCCAACAACAUCACCUACAACCAGUCCAACAACGUCUCCUACUACCAGUCCAACAACAUCACCUACAACCAGCCCAACUACUAGUCCAACAACAUCACCUACUACCAGUCCUACAACAUCACCUACUACCAGUCCAACAACAUCACCCACGACCAGUCCAACUACAUCACCUACAACCUCACCUACUACUAGUCCAACAACAUCCCCUACUACCAGCCCAACAACAUCACCUACAACAAGUCCAACAACGUCUCCUACUACCAGUCCAACCACAUCACCUACAACCAGUCCAUCAACGUCUCCUACUGCUAGUCCAACAACAUCACCUACAACAUCGCCUACUACUAGUCCGAUUACAUCACCUACAAUCAGUCCUACAACAUCACCUACUACCAGCCCUAAUACCAGUCCAACAACAUCUCCUACAACCAGUCCUACAACAUCACCAACUACAAGUCCAACAACAUCACCUACAACCAGUCCAACAACGUCUCCUACUACCAGCCCAACAACAUCACCAACUACUAGUCCAACAACAUCACCUACAGCCAGUCCAACAACAUCACCUACAACCAGUCCAACAACGUCUCCUACUACCAGUCCAACAACAUCACCUACAACCAGUCCUACAACAUCACCAACUACCAGUCCAACAACAUCACCUACAACCAGCCCAACAACGUCUCCUACUACCAGUCCAACAACAUCACCUACUACUAGUCCGACUACAUCACCUGCAACAAGUCCUACAACAUCACCUACUACAUCACCUACAACCAGUCCAACAAUAUCACCUACAACCAGUCCAACAACGUCUCCUACUACCAGUCCAACAACAUCACCUACAACCAGUCCUACAACAUCACCAACUACCAGUCCAACAACAUCACCUACAACCAGUCCAACAACGUCUCCUACUACCAGUCCAACAACAUCACCUACUACUAGUCCGACUACAUCACCUACAACCAGUCCUACAACAUCACCUACUACAUCACCUACAACCAGUCCAACAACAUCACCUACAACCAGUCCAACAACAUCCCCUACUACCAGUCCAACAACAUCACCUACCACCAGUCCUACUACAUCACCUUCAACCAGUCCAACAACAUCCCCUACAACCAGUCCAACAACAUCACCUACAACCAGUCCAACAACAUCACCUACUACCAGUCCCACUACAUCACCUACUACCAGUCCAACAACAUCCCCUACAACCAGUCCAACAACAUCCCCUACUACCAGUCCAUCGACAUCACCUAUCGCCAGUCCUACUACAUCACCUACAACCAGUCCUACUACAUCACCCAUUACCAGUCCAACAACAUCACCUACAACCAGCCCGACUACAUCACCUACUACCAGUCCAACAACGUCACCUACAACCAGUCCAACAACAUCUCCUACUACCAGUCCUACAACAUCACCUACUACUAGUCCAACAACAUCCCCUACCACCAGUCCUAUUACAUCACCUGCAACCAGUCCUACAACAUCACCUACUACUAGUCCCACUACAUCACCUACAACCAGUCCUACAACAUCACCUACUACCAGCCCAACUACCAGUCCAACAACAUCACCUACUACCAGUCCUACAACGUCACCUACUGCCAGUCCAACAACAUCCCCUACAACCAGUCCAACAACUUCACCUACAACUAGUCCAACAACGUCUCCUACUACCAGUCCAUCAACAUCCCCUACUACCAGUCCUACAACUUCACCUACAACUAGUCCAACAACGUCUCCUACUACCAGUCCAACAACAUCACCUACAACCAGUCCAACAACCUCUCCUACUACCAGUCCUACAACAUCACCAACAACAUCACCUACUACUAGUCCCACUACAUCACCUACAACCAGUCCUACAACAUCACCUACUACCAGCCCUACUACCAGUCCAACGACAUCCCCUACUACCAGUCCUACAACGUCACCUACUACCAGUCCUACUACUUCACCUACUACUAGUCCAACAACAUCACCUACAACCAGCCCAACCACGUCACCUACUACCAUUUAA